GCCGCUCACUUGCGUCCGACCCUGUGCAAUAAAUUUGAAAAAAAACGUUUAUUCAAACUAAACAACAGCUCCCUCGGCAGAGCCAAAAACCUUUCAUUGCUGACAAAUACCAUCUCAGCGCGAGUGUCCUUAACCCUGCAGUAAAGUCAAUUUAAAAAAAAAAGGCGAAAUGAGAAAAGCCAGCUGCACCUCUCGGUCGAUCACUCACACAUGAAAAGUCUUCAAGCUUUUGGGGAAAAAAAAAGUGUCUGAGCCCGAAAGUUGGUACAGAGAUUCUAAUCCAGUAUCGCUGCUGGCAAUCCUUGGGCCGUGUCUGAUCGGUGAUUAUACAGGGAGCAAAAUGGUUUACGAAAGCUUUGAGAGUUUAUUGAGGACUGCCUUCAUGUUGUCGCUGAUGUCCACGGGAUUCGCGUAUUCCUACUUUGUCAUUUCAGAGCAAGAUGAAAUGUACAGCAGAGAGACUUGUCCGGAAAAUAAAGUCAUUACAACCGAGUACCCAUGUUUGAAAUCCACUGGAGAAGUGGCGACCUGCAUCAGGAAAAAGUGCUGUCAAGGUUAUAAAUUUGUUCUUGGUCAAUGCAUCCCAGAAGACUAUGAUGUGUGCUCAGGAGCUCCGUGUGAACAACAAUGCACUGAUAACUUUGGCAGAGUGCUAUGUACAUGUUACCUGGGAUACUACUUUGACCGUGUGAAACACAGAAACAGAGAAAAGCCAUAUUGUAUUGAUGUUGAUGAAUGUGCCAAAAGCAAUGGAACUGUAUGUUCUCACAUCUGUCUCAACACACCAGGGAGCUACCAAUGUGCGUGCAAGGAAGGCUUCUAUCUCAAAGAGGAUGGGAAGACAUGCAGCAAAAGUGAAAGUGCGGGCCAGUAUAUAAAGUCUGACACUGUGAUGAAAGCUGGCACAACCUGCUCCACAACUUGUGAGGAUUUCCAACAGAUAAAACAGGCAGUACUACAGCUGAAACAGAAGAUCACUUUAUUGCCCAACAAUAUUGCUGAUAUUAGUAAACAAAGACCAAACAGCAACAAGUUAUUUUCAUCUAACAGUUACAAUUAUGGACUGAAUGGACCGCCAGGGCCUUCAGGCCUGCCAGGUCCUAAAGGAAGCCUUGGUCCAAAGGGCCAGUCAGGACCCCCAGGACCACCAGGACCCAGAGGAAUGAUGGGACCAAUUGGCCCUUCACCUGAUAUAUCUCACAUUAAGCAGGGAAGAAGAGGGGCAGUGGGACUGCCAGGAGCUUCUGGAAGAGAUGGUGCCAAGGGUGAGAGAGGUGCUCCAGGACCAAGGGGAUCCCCUGGUCCACCAGGCUCCUUUGACUUUUUACUUCUGAUGUUGGCAGACAUUAGAAAUGACAUUGCAGAGCUUCAACUGAAGGUUUUCAGCCGUGGAAAUCGGGCCACUGGGGGUGAGCCCCAGAGCCAUGAAAUUCCUGACUGGGGAUCUGGAGAAGACUAUAGACAUUAAGAUCGAUUGUCAGAACUCGCAAAGCGAAUGUCAGCAGGGAAGUGAAAUGGCUUUCAAGACUGCACUGCAAAUCUUUUCUAUUGGGACUAAGUUGAAGAGAUUGAACCAGUGAGGAUGUAUCAAAUUUUGCACUGCUGUUGUAGAAUUUUAUUCCAUUAUCAGUAUCAAAAAAAUACUUUUAUCAAAUGUAAUAAUUGAAAUAAGUUCUCGAGUGUUAAGAUGAUUCCAUAAUAUACCAGUUCAGAAUGGUGAAUUUUGAGGAAGUGACUUUUCACAUGGGUGUUGCAUUUAACAGAUUAUAUCUAUGGGAGAUGAAUUGUGUGCAUUCUUCCUUAACGUGAGCAAUAGCAGCAUCUUUGUUCUGUAACAAACAAUAUCUAAAAGCAUAACACAAAGACACAGGAUAAGAAAAACAUUUUCUGUUUUAUGCAGGACUUCUACGUUUAGGAAUUGUUUCAUUUUUAAUCCUUAUAAAUAGGUAAUGAUACUAGAUUUUUCACAAGAUCAGAAAUUACAAGAUAGGUUGAGAUAAAAGACAUCUUUCUAUCCAUUUAAUUUCAUCCUCCUACAAAAUUAAUCCUACUGCCUUCCAAUCUAAUACUUAGCUGUUUCUUCAGUGAGUCCAGUUUCACGACCUCAACUGUCAUUUAUGACAACUAACAUCAGCUGAUGAUUACUGCUUUGGUAAAGAAGUAGUUCCUAAUGUCCAUUUUAAACUUGCUCUUCACAACCUUGAACUUAUUCCUUCUUGUCCUGCUAUCCUAACUUAUCCUGCUGUCUUAGUGUAGCAGAAGUAUUAUUCUGCUUUUAUUCUCUAUCAUAAUAAAUACAUUUCUAUUAAGUCCUCUGUACUACAAACUUACCUAGAUAUAGAAGAUCUAAAAUUUAUCUAGUUGUUCUUCAUAACACAUCCAUCUAUCACUAGCAACCAAUUUUAUUGGUUUCCUUUGCAUCACUUAUGAAGGUCCGGAAACCCUCUUUGUAUCACAAAGAUCAGAACUGCAUGCAGCAUUGCAGCUGCAGCCUUACCAGAGCCAUGAAGAAUUUCAUCAUGACUUCUUAACUCAACUGACGUGAUAGCAUACUGUGUCUUUUUUAUGUUAUGCUUUUAGGUAUUGCUGAAGUGGUGAGUCAGUCAGCUUUCAGACAUAGACUUUUACUCCAACAUGUAAAACUUUGUAUUUAUAUUGAAUUUUAUUUUCUAUUGAUUAGUCUAAGCCUGUUGGGUUCUCUUUGUAAAACCUUAGCUGCCUAUCUGAGUCUCUAGGUUAAUGUAAUUUGCAAAGUUUGCAUUAAGGCUGCAAAUCUAGACCAUGUAUGCAAAUCAGGAGCAAGUGAGGUACUAGAGCAUAAUCUGGGGCACCAUGUUAAAUACAUACUACCAUCUUGAUUAAA